AAGAGAAUAGCUUGAACUAGGGAGGCGGAUGUUGCAGUGAGCUGAAAUUGCGCCACUGCACUCCAGCCUGGGCCGCAGAGUGAGACUCCGUCUCAAAAAAGAAAGAAGAAAAAAAGAAAGAAAGCAAAAAAAAAAAAACCAAAAAAAACCCAAAAAAACCUCGCAGUGUUUACUCCUAACGCGUGGAACUUGUGUCGACAUCCACCCUCGGUUACUGCAUACUCAGUCACACAAGCCAAAGCAGGAAAUAGCGAGCUGGCAGCCUCACCGACGAGUCUCAACUAAAAAGGACUCCCGGAGCUAGGGAUGGGGACUCGGCCUAACACAGUGAGUGCCGGCUAUUGGACUUUUGUCCAGUGACAGCUGAGGCAAAAGCCCAGGGCUAUCCAAAGACCACGGGAGGGGGUGUGGGAGAGAAGCGCUGCGAACAGCCAUCGCCCAGCACCGAGUCCGCUUCCAGGCUUUCGGUUUCUUUGCCUCCAUCUUGCGUGCGCCUUUCGGGCGUCUAGGGGAGCUAAGGCUGAGGUGUCAGCGGCAGGAGAGUCCGGCCGCGACAGGACGAGUGCUGAUGGCAGAGAUCGGUGAGGAUUUGGAUAAAUCUGAUGUAUCCUCAUUAAUUUUCCUCAUGAAGGAUUACAUGGGCCGAGGCAAGAUAAGCAAGGAGAAGAGUUUCUUGGACCUUGUGGUUGAGUUGGAGAAACUAAAUCUGGUUGCCCCAGAUCAACUGGAUUUAUUAGAAAAAUGCCUAAAGAACAUCCACAGAAUAGACCUGAAGACAAAAAUCCAGAAAUACAAGCAGUCUGCUCAAGGAGCAGGGACAGGUUAUAAGAAUGUUCUCCAAGCAGCAAUCCAAAAGAGUCUCAAGGACCCUUCAAAUAACUUCAGGCUCCACAAUGGGAGAAGUAAAGAACAAAGACUUAAGGAGCAACUUGGCACUCAACAAGAACCAGUGAAGACAUCCAUUCAGGAAUCAGAAGCUUUUUUGCCUCAGAGCAUACCUGAAGAGAGAUACAAGAUGAAGAGCAAGCCCCUAGGAAUCUGCCUGAUAAUCGAUUGCAUUGGCAAUGAGACAGAGCUUCUUCAAGACACCUUCACUUCCCUGGGCUAUGAAGUCCAGAAAUUCUUGCGUCUCAGUGUGAAUGGUAUAUCCCAGAUUCUUGACCAAUUUGCCUGUAUGCCUGAGCACCGAGACUACGAUAGCUUUGUAUGUGUCCUGGUGAGCCGAGGAGGCUCCCAGAGCUUGUAUGGUGUGGAUCGGACUCACUCAGGACUCCCCCUGCAUCACAUCAGGAGGAUGUUCAUGGGAGAUUCAUGCCCUUAUCUAGCAGGGAAGCCAAAGGUGUUUUUUAUUCAGAACUAUGUAGUGUCAGAGGGCCAGCUGGAGGACAGCAGCCUCUUGGAGGUGGAUGGGCCAGCAAUGAAGAAUGUGGAAUUCAAGGCUCAGCAGCGAGGGCUGAGCACAGUUCACCGAGAAGCUGACUUCUUCUGGAGCCUGUGCACUGCGGAUGUGUCCCUGCUGGAGCGGUCCUGCAGCUCACCGUCCCUGUACCUGCAGUGCCUCUCCCAGAAACUGAGACAAGAAAGGGGGACAAUUCCCAGAAGUGGAAUUACUGAGUCAAAGGACAUGCAUUUUUCAAGCCUUGGAUUCAUCUUACUAGAUGUCCUAUAGGAUGGUCAUAUCAGCUUUAUGGGAGAGUAGCUGUGUCCCUGAAUUCUCCCUGACACUGCAUGCUCUUAUAUUUCCCCAAGUUUUGACAAUUUGAUAGGUGAAAAGUGGUAUCUGACUGUUCAGAUCUGGAAGGCUUUGUUAUGUAAACAUUUUUUUAAAUGUUUAUUGGCAAGAAUACUUUUCUAAGAGAAGCAUCAGUGUCCUGGUUUCUGUUUAAGCUGAAUGAAGCCACAAUGUACCUCAAGUAUAAGAUUAACUGGCCUUUUUCAGUUGCACCCUAAUUAACGAUUUAAAAUGAUGUUUCUGAGCCACCUGUCAAAAUGCAUUUUGGGCUGUACCUCUGCAUACCCCAGGAAUAAAUCUCAUGGCCUUCUUUACCUGGCCUCCUUAGUGGUGGCCCAGCAGGAAGCGGGGGUUAGAGCAGGAGCCACUCAGCCUUCCAAGAUAGAUACUCCAUGGGCCAGUGGUAUUACUGGCCUUUUGAGCCCAUCCGUUUGCAUAGGUGAUCCACGUGGGUUAUCAUCUGGCUGGUAUGUUCCCAGAGUGAAACUCAGCAGCCCCUUGAGGGAGGGGAUGGUGGCCACUAAGCCAGAGUGCUGCAAGUUAGUUUGGAUCAUUUGCUAAGCAGCUUGUGGUGCAUUUAGAAGGGAACAGUUUCAAAUAACUUUCACAUCUGUUGGCUCAUUUCGCCCUAAGGACAAUCUGUCUUCUCUUUGAUAUUUGCAUGGCAUUAAAUUUUGCCUUUCUUGUUUUCUCCAGAAAACGCCCACUCCUGGAUCUCCACAUUGAACUCAAUGGCCACAUGUAUGAUUGGAACAGCAGAGUUUCUGCCAAGGAGAAAUAUUAUGUCUGGCUGCAGCACACUCUGAGGAAGAAACUUAUCCUCUCCUACACAUAAGAAACUAAAAGGCCAGGCGCAGUGGCUCAUGCCUGUAAUCCCAGCACUUUGGGAGGCCAAAGAGGGCAGAUCACUUCAGGUCAGGAGUUUGAGACCAGCCUGGCCAACAUGGUAAACGCUAAUAAAAAUACAAAAAUUAGCCGGAUGUGGGGGUGGGUACCUGUGUUCCCAGUUACUUGGGAGGCUGAGGCAGGAGGAUCUUUUGAACCCAGGAGUUCAGGGUCAUAGCAUGCUAUGAUUGUGCCUACAAAUAACCACCACAUAGCAACCUGGGCAGUAUAGCAAGACCCCAUCUCUUAAAAGAAAAAAAUGGGACAGGAACUAUCUUA